AUCUCAAAUGGGUAUAAAAGCAAACUGCAGCUUGUCAUCAGUGCUCCAACAUGAUGUGGCUUGUGCUUCUUCUGUCCUGUAUUGGGCUGAUUUGUGCCAAAGAACCUCUCAACUACAAAGUUGACAAUGAGAGGGUGAUAGGCGGCAGUAAUGCUCAACCAAACACAUGGAAAUGGCAGGUUUCUGUGCAGUAUGAUCAAUUCUAUGAUGGCUCAUUCUACCACAUGUGCGGAGGAUCUGUUGUUGAUAGCUUCCACAUCAUGACUGCAGCUCACUGCAUCCUCAGCCCAGAUGCUAGUCAGUACCGUGUAGUGGUGGGUGAGUAUGACCUGUAUAAGUUAGAAGGCAGUGAGCAGUUCAUCCAUGUGGAAAAAAUUACAGUCCAUCCUGGCUGGAAUGGUGAUCUUCGUUAUGGAAAUGACAUUGCUCUCUUGAGACUCGCUGGUCCCAUCUAUGACAGUGGUUACGUGGCUAUAGCUAAUCUCCCCUACCCGGACCAGACACUGCCUCAUGGCUUCACCUGUUACAUCACCGGCUGGGGAUUAGUAGACUAUGGAGGUAGCCCUGCCAUCCUACAGGUGGCUCCCAUCAAUGUGGUGGAGCACUCGGUCUGCUCCCAGCCAGAGUGGUGGGGCAGCAUUGCUCUAGAAACCAUGGUGUGUGCCGGAGGGGAUGGGAUCAUAGCAGGCUGCCAGGGCGACUCUGGAGGUCCUCUGAACUGCUUUACUGAUGGAGCCUGGAGAGUUCACGGUGUUGUCAGUUACGGCCCAUCUGGUAUGUGCAACCAAGUGUUCAAACCCACGGUCUUCACCAGAGUCUCUUCCUUUGAAGACUGGAUGUUUUCAGUUAUGGGUCUUGCUUAAAUGGCACCGCAUUCCUUACAAUUCUCAAAUGCAACCUGCAAAAUAAAAUUGAUGUGCAUCUCA